UCAUGUUGUGGGUUCUUGCUGUAUUUACAGACUGAUAUCUGAAAGUGCGUCUCAUUAAUCUAAAGCACUGACAUGAGAUUGACAUCUGCUGUUCUUUCCACUGGUCUGAUUGGCUGAUAGCAGAUCCAGGUCCCGCCUCUGACUCUUUAUGAAAGCUGGCUCGACUCUGUUCAUCACUCUGCUGAUCUCACUGACAUCAUGCUGCUCACCGUCUGCGCUCUGCUCCCUGCUCUGGCAUUGGUCAGUUCACAGAAAGUUGUGACGCAAAAGCCUUCGGUUAUAACAGAAGAUAAGGGAAAAACUGUCACUCUGGACUGUAACAUCGCGAAGGAUGAAAACUACUAUGUCUCCUGGUAUAAACAGAUUCCACAAGAAGCUCCACAGUUUGUGUUGAGAUUUUAUCAGUCUCACACCUCUCCUGAUAAAUAUGGAGACAAUUUUUCUUCCACACGAUUCACAUCAAAAGCCUCUUCAAAAAUCGACUAUCAGUUAAUAAUCAGUAAUGUAGAGGUGGGAGACUCAGCAGUGUAUUACUGUAAAACAUGGGACGACUCUGCUAAAGAGUAUGUAUUCGGCCAAGGAACAAAGCUGAUCGUCAGCGACGCUGCUCUCCCGGCUCCUGUUCUGACCGUUCUCCCUCCGUCCAGUGAAGAGCUGAAGUCUAAAAAAGGCACUCUAGUGUGUUUGGCCAGCGACGUGGCCGGCGGUUUUGCUGAUGUGCGUUGGUUCGUGAACGGGAACUCGGUCACCAGUGGAGUCAUCAGCGGCUCUGCGCAGCAGCAAGCCAAUAAGAAAUUCACACUGAGCAGCUAUUUGACCAUCGACAGCUCUGAGUGGGAAAACAACAAAGUCAUAACAUGUGAAGUGUCUGCUGGAGGAAAAGCCGCAUCGGUGAAGAUUAACAAGUCUGAAUGCAGUGAAUGAACCUGAUCCCAGCUUUUACAUGUUUACUGUUGAGUUGCAAAUCUUUCUUAGACCUGCAGUUUAAACUGUAGAAAAUAAUUCCUUCUUACUGAGACUAUAAUAUCCUGAUGAUGCAAUCGUUUUGUUUUUGUGUUUGAGAAAUAAGUUGAAGUUCAAUAAAGAGCA